UGAAUCCCUACUGACUAGAGCUGUUAAGCUAAUUCAGUGCAAAAUGUGGACGGCUGCUGCUGCCACUCUCAUAUCUACAUUUAUAUGGUAAUAUGACCAAGGGGACAAUCAUAAGUCAUGUUACUGUGAACAUAGUAAUCCAAGAAAACAAGAUAAAAUCAGGAUUUAUAAGUAGGAUCAAUUAAAGCCUUUUAUUUUGCAGGUGGCUUCAUGUUUUUGACAAGUAAACCUUGGUUAAUGUGACUGCCUGCAGGACGUCAGACACCUGUGUAUUAUGUUUAAGAGCCCAUAUUUACAGGUUUAUCAUUGCAUUUUCUGGAUAUACUAAAGAUCUUAUCUAAACAUUAACAUAAAUACAAAAAUCAGCAUGUCUGUCUGUUUAAAAAGCUUGAUUUCUUUUAGCUCCUUUCUACUUGAACCUUUCCAGAAUUUAUUAAGGACUCUGAUAUAAGUAAUUAGUACAUAUGGGCCCUUCAUUCGCAUACAAAAUAUGGAAACAUCAAAUGCAGUUUUAGGUCAACGGCAGCAAACUUUUUGGAAAUCUUUACAUGGUGAAGAUCUUCAGAAAUGCUGGCUGAGUCACUUGUCCUAUGCAAGUAAAACCACCAUGGGCAGUUAAGUCCAACACCUUUGCUUUCUGUUGUGUGGAGGACAGAAGGCUAGUAAUACCCUGCUCUGUUCCUGCUCGGACAGUCCAGCAAAUUUCCAGCAUCAUGGCUGAAGAAGAUUACGGCAGCUUUGUGGACUGGGCCCAGAUGGGGGACCUGGCCAAGAGCAGUGGGCCCAUCAAGGUGGACUGCAAAGACCUGAAGGAGUUCAAACAGAUGGCUCGCCAAGGUUACUGGGCCAAAAAUCACAAACUACGAGCGCAAGUCUAUCAGCAACUCAUUAAAGCCAUUCCCUGUCGCACAGUUACCCCAGAUGCAGAAGUGUAUCGUGACAUCAUGGGAGAUACAGCCAUGAAGAAGCCCUCUUCUCAGAUCCCCCUGCCAGAGUUUGUGGAUGGCAAUCCUGUUCCACGUUACUGCCUGAAGACAGAGGGAGUGGCCUCAGCCCAUCGUAUUAUCAGCUGUGUGGCUGGACAGUUUCCAGACAUCUCCCACUGCCCGGCACUUCCAGCCAUUACCGCUUUGCUCCUUCACUUCAGCUUAGACGAAGCGCAGUGUUUUGAGCAUGUCAGCCGCAUAUUGGCUUGCAACGAACCAGGCAAACGACUGAUGGAUCAGACUUUCUUGGCCUUUGAGUCCAGCUGUAUGACUUUCGGUGACCUGGCCAACAAAUACUGCACAGCUGCUCACAAACUGAUCGUUGCAACAGCCCAGGAUGUGCUUGAGGUCUACGCCGACUGGCAGCGCUGGGUGCUUGGUGACCUGCCCUUUAGCCAUGUGGUCAGAGUCCUAGAUGUCUACCUGGUAGAGGGCUACAAGGUUCUUUAUCGUGUGGCUAUAGCAUUGCUCAAGUUCUAUCGCAAACAUAAAACAGGGAGUCAGGGGGGCCAGGUUAACCAGCAGCAGGAUUCUGGCAAAAUUAGGGCAGAUAUACAGGCUUUUGUCAAGGGCAUUGCCUCCACUGUCACGCCUGACAAGCUGCUGGAGAAGUCCUUCUCCAUCCGGCUGUUUAGCCGCAAAGAGAUCACUCUGCUGCAGCUCACAAAUGAGAAGUCCUUGCAGCAGAAAGGAAUCACUGUCAAACAGAAGCGACGAAACGUGCAGCUGGCACUCAACCCUGACACGUUCUCCUCGGAGAUCGUGAGUGCCAAGGAGAUGCAUGACAUCUGGUCGUGGAUCCCUGAGCGCUUUGGCCUGUGCCAACCGCAACUGCUUUUCACCACCUCUACCCAUGGCUGCAGCCUCAACAGAUUCUACUCACAUUGUGAGGGCUACGAACCCACUCUGCUCCUCAUCCGGACCACAGAUGCCGAUGUCUGUGGAGCCUUUCUGUCUUCAGACUGGGAAGAACGAAAGAGAGGAGGAAACAAAUUGAGCUUCUUUGGUACAGGGGAAUGUUUUGUCUUCAGGCUGAAGCCAGAAAUGGAGCGUUAUGAGUGGGUGGUGAUCCGUCACCCUGAAUUAGCUUCUUCCAUCAAGAGCGAGGGUCAGGAGGACACGGCAGCCUCCGAGAGCCAAAAUGCAGACAACAGUUUACAGCAGCCAGAGAAACCUGCUGGACAUCUGUCACCGUUUCUCUCUGCUCGACACUUCAACCUUAACUCCAAAAACACUUCCAUGUUCAUGGCUGGAAACUUUGACUCCAUCAUAGUGGGGGGCGGUGAAGGCAACGCUCUGUACAUCGACUCGGAGCUGAACCACGGGCGUACUGGCAGGUGCACCACCUUUGACAACCCUCCCCUGUGUGCAGAGAGCUUCCAGGUUUCAUUGCUAGAGGUGUGGGGAUUCCAGGAUGCCAUGGCCUCAUAAUGCUGUACACACACACACAGCACACAUACACACACAUUUGGACACUUGCAUAAUAUUCCACUGCAAGUUGUUUUGGUUGUAAACUGAAAUGCAAACAGAACAAUAACCGUUCUUUAAAUUCAUUCUUAUAAUUUUUAUUUAUUAAUUCAAUUUAAUUGUCUAAAUGUCAAUAUAUAAGAAAUAUUUUUGUUUGUUUUCGGUUUAUUUUUGUAUUUACAGAUCAAUAUAAUUGUUUACUAAUUCUGUUUAAGUGGUAAUGGAAAAAGAAAGGAUUAACAGUGUUAAUCUCAUUUCUGAGCUAAUUUCUGUAUAUUUUUUGUUCUGGUUAUCUAACUCUGCAAAAUUCAGUGUAAAACCAGCUUUUCAGCCAGUAUUUCAGAGGUAUUACUUACCAGUUCAUAUUGACAAAACUACCAUUUCCAUCAUUUGUGAAGUGAAGUCUUCAUGUUGUGGCAAAUAUUGAACAUCAUGAUAGUGUUGUAAAGUUGUACCAGGUUAGCCAAAAGUCUUUGGUUUGGUCUUCUCACAUUUUUCCACACUUUUAUUUGCAAUACAAACUGUAGGUGGGAGAUCUUGGUAAUGAAUAAGUGAAGUAAAUGUUUGUGAUUGUCCUUUAGUGACUUUGAGCGUUGCCAUUUUGCACUGUGUCAAAGAUUUGUUUGAAUGUGACAGUUUAUCUUUUGGAUGGUAAAUGUGUAAUAAAAUGUUAAAGUUAAGAUGUUUUGGGUUUACAAGUGGAGAUAAAUGCAGUUAGCCCAUCCUUUGUGUUUUGCAUUUCCCUGUCGCUUCCGUCCUUCACACUGUCGAAAAUAAAUACGAAGUGGUGGCCUGUUGGCAAAGUGUUGGUGGAAUUACACAUGUUACUUGUAUCUGUAUGUAUGUUCUUUAAAUGAAGUGUAAGUUGAAUAAGUACAAAUGUAUUCUACAUGAGAAAAUACAGCAUUAGCGUUCA